CUUUGGACUUUGACCCUUCGAGGCCUCCGUAGGUCCGACUAGCCGCUGCUAUGCUAUUAUAAGCUGGAUACCGAGGCGCAGUGUUGGUGUGGACGUAAGAGCACUUUGUAAAUGUGGUACUGUUGUAACAGGUAGUUUGACAACACGUGGACGUGUGGAAAUGUGAUUGCACGAAGGGGAACCUGAAGAUGGACACGGGGCGCAAACUACCAUCUGCUGUCCAGUCUUUUGAGCCCAAACACCAGAGCAGAGGGAGGAACGAGGCUGCAGAGCAACACUCGACCUCCUCAGCUCCUCUGGUGUCACCAAACCCGCAUGUGUCCGAUCACCUUUCAAGCUGGAACCGAUCAGGUAUGAACUCACAGCCAAAAGGAAAGAGUCACGGCUACAGCCACAGCCGUCCUGUAAGAGAAACCAAACAUGAUGCUCAGCAGAGAGACAGAACUACAAAGGAUCCACAAGUAAAAAAGUCGAAGGUAAAUGGUGACUCUCCUGCUCAAGGCAGAAUGAUGGGCAGAAGCUCUUCGGAUGCACAGAAAAGAGGUUUCAGAGGAGCUGCACCUGCCCCAAAUGCUGUAGGAAAGCCAAAACCUUUACAAAAUGACUCGACUCCAUUUGAGGUCAAGAUGGCUGAUUUUCCAGAGUUGGCUGGUGCUUCCCUGGGCAAAAUACAUCCUCCCUCCGUUAAGUGUUGGGGUCCACCUCCUGCAUCCAAUCCCCAGAAACAAGCAUCUAUGUGGAAGUUUGAUAACAGGGGAUCAUCAACACAUCCUGAUGUCCAACAAAGUGCUAUUGCUGAUAAGCCAGAUUCUUCUGCUGCUUCACCAAGUCAGCCUGUGGUGAGCUCCUGGGCUAGUGUUGCCUCUCAGCCUCCAAAGAAACCCACACCUGAUGAAAAAACAUUAAGCAGCAACCACAUUCAGACAGAGGAAAUACAGGAAGCAGGAGACCCAAGUAAGAAAAAACGUAGAAAAAAGAAAAAGAAGACUAAAGGUGCUGAUGAAGUUGAGUCAGAAGCAAUGAACAUUUAUCAGGAGCCUCCAAAAUUUGAGGAUGAGGAGGAGUUUCCAGGCUUGACUCUUGCUUUGGCAGGGCCUGGAACAUUGACAAGUAGCUGCAAUGCAGCUAAGUUAUACAAUGAGGAAAACCAAAGAGAAAGGGACUCACAUCCGUUUGUUGACCUGAACAGGGAAAAACAACUAGAAGCACAAAUGCUGUCUGCACAGGCAGUUAAAAAAGCACAGAACACUGAAAAGGUCUCAGGGAAAAAGAGCAAAGUUCCUGUUCAGUUAGACAUAGGAAAUAUGUUGGCUGUCCUGGAAAAGAAGCAGCAGUCUCAAAAAUCCAAGCAGGAUGCUAAGCCGGUUGUUUUCUCAGUUGGUGGGGGACUUCCUGUUGUCCAGAAGCAGCCACCAAUUCAGAAGAAGAGCCCCUGGCAGCAAGAUAAAAUUGCACAUAAUCCCUUGGACUCCACCAGCCCUUUAGUGAAGAAAGGAAAGCAGAGAGAGGUCCCUAAAGCCAAGAAACCCACACCCCUGAAGAAGGUCAUUUUGAAAGAAAGGGAGGAAAGGAAACAGAGACGUUUGUUGGAGGAGAGAGGCCUUCUGCCUGAAGAUGAGACCAAACCUGUGGAUGAUGCUGCAGGAGAGGAGCAGUGUGACACUAAUGCAACAGAACCUUUAGAGGAGGUGACAUGUCCUGGAGAGGAACUUGAUCACUUGGAAUUUAAUGGUGCGGACGAGGAGGUGGACGAGGAGAAUGAGGAGCCUGGUGAAGACCAAGAAUCCACAUUACCUGUUCCCUCAGCAGGCAGUCAACACAAAAUCCACAGCAGAAAGUUCAGAGAUUAUUGCAGCCAGAUGCUGAGCAAGGACAUAGAUGAGUGCGUAACAGACCUGCUAAAGGAGCUGGUUCGGUUCCAGGACCGGCUGUACCAGAAGGACCCUAUGAAGGCCCGCAUGAAGAGACGGCUUGUGAUGGGGCUCAGAGAGGUCCUGAAGCAUCUAAAACUGAGGAAGGUUAAGUGUAUCAUCAUCUCACCCAAUUGUGAACGGAUCGAGUCCAAAGGUGGCCUAGAUGAGGCUCUACACACCAUCAUUGAUAUGUGCCGCGAACAAGGGGUGCCGUUUGUGUUCGCCCUCUCCAGGAAAGCUUUGGGUCGCUGCGUCAACAAGGCAGUACCUGUCAGUGUGGUGGGCAUCUUCAACUACGAUGGUGCACAGGACUGCUAUCAUAAGAUGAUCGACUUGUCAUCUGAGGCCAGAACUGCCUACGAAGUCAUGGUGACAAGUCAGGAGAAGGUGGGCCAGUCAGAGCAGGCAGUAAACACAGAGAAAGAACUGCAGAUCAGCAGCCCUGCUAACAAGACAGAGUCCAGUCCCCACACACAAGUAGAGGAACCAGAAUAUAUGCAAAUCUGGAAGAAAAUGUUGGAGAAGGAAUACAACCAUAACAUUUUGAACUUUGAGGAGCAGCUGAGCUCAAUGCACUUGGACAGUGAAUGUACAGAAAACAGUGACGAUGACAAGAGUUGACAGUGGUGAAGCCCUCUGUGCCUCAAAACUAAAUGCACUUAUGUUGGUACCCCACCAGAAGAAACUAGGAUGGAGUUGAAAGCACACGCUGGAAAAGAGACUCGGGAGAUGCUGCAGUUAUUCUUAACCUGAAGAGAGGAAAUUAAUUUUGUUGCUAAUAUUGGCAGUUAUUAUCAGAACAGAUUUUAAUUUGAACAUAUUUGGGCACAGUUACAUAAUGUAGAAGGUUGUAAACAUUCUUACUGGGACCAAACUGCUGACUUGAAGAAAUCCCAAAAUAUGAAUUCUCUUUCUUUGAAAUCAUGCGAAUACUUAAGAGGACGUGUGAAGCUGUGUGCAGUGAAUGAAUUUAAAAUGUCUGAUUCUGAGCGAAAUAGUCAUAAAUCGAUAAAUAUGGUGCUCAUGAUGUGCACAACACCGUGUUUGUGGCUUUUGUAUCAAGACCAACAUUUUUACUCUGUACUGGUUCCAAACAGUACUUAUAUCAUCAAUACAGCAUCAUAUUCAUCUGUUGCUAAAACAUACGAAACCUAUUCAUAUAGAACCUUUUAGUGACAAUAAUGGAUUUGCCGUGACAGCGUUCAGUAUGAACGCAUGGUGUCAAUUAAAUGUUAGUUUAGAGCUUUUGUUUCCACAAAUGUUUUAGUUGUUCAAAAAUCAUGUCAACAUGUAUGAUUUAAUUUGAGACAUUGAAAAUCAUUUUUAAAAGAAACUUUUAAUAAUGAGCUACAAUAUGAUGUUACCAUUGUUAUUGACAUUGCAGUGCAUUGUGGUUAAUGGCAUAAAGUGGUUGUACUGA